AUGUCCAUCCGCAUCGCCUUGGACAACCGGCCCGAGUUUUACACAAACCUCGACUACGUCCAAGGCCGCAUCAUCCUCGGGCUGAACCGCGCCGAGCAGGUCGGCAGCAUCGUCGUCAAGCUCGAGGGCGAGUCCAUCACGGCGCUGCAGGUCCCCAGCCCCUACGACCUCAACGCGCGGUCGAGGCCGCCGGGCCCGAUGCCAGGCCCCCCGGGCAGCAUCGUCAGCGAGAACCACAAGAUCCUGUACAAGGUCCAGCAGGUCUUCCCCGACGACUACCACACCAGCACGUCCAACCCCUACGGCGCCUUCCCGUUGCAGCCGGGCGAGCACGAGUUCCCCUUCAAGUUCAAGCUGCCGAUUAACAAUGCGUGCAGCGACCCGGACGCCAUGGCCAAGCUCGGCGGGCUCGGCGGCGUGGGCGGCUUCGCGUCCGGCGCCGGCCUCUUCGGCAUGGGCGGCGUCCGGUUCAUGGACGGCACCAAGCAGCUGCUGCUUCGGCACGUCACGCGCACGCUGCCCCCGUCCCUGACGGGCUUCCCCACCGAGGCCGAGAUCCGGUACUACAUCAAGGUCACGGUGCAGAGGCCGGGCAUCCUGAAGGAGAACUGGCGGCACCAGACGGGGUACAAGUUCCUGCCCAUCGAGCCGCCCCGGCCGCCGAGGACCGGCCAGGAGGCGUUUGCGCGGCGUCCCUUUACCUUUCAGCCGCGGACGCCCCCGCCGCGCAAGAAGAAGAGCGGCGGCUUCUUUUUCGCCAACAAGGCCGACAGGGCGGGGAAAAGCGGCGGGCCCGAUGCCGGCUCGGGGUCUGCUCCUCCUCCUCCUCCUCCUCCUGGUGGCUCGGCCGACUCGGUCGUCGGAAACUCGGCCGCGGCUGCGGCUGCUCCGUCCAUUGAGAUUUCCGCCCGCCUGCCUCACCCGCCCGUGCUGACGUGCAACCAGCCCGUGCCGCUCCGCCUCAUUGCCAAGAAGCUGGUCGGCUGCCCCGAGCAGCUGACCCUGACGUCGUUCCAGAUGGACCUGAUUGGGACGACCGAGGUGCGCGCCCACAACCUGCACAACAAAAAGGUCAACCGGUGGGUCGUCGUGUCCAGCACCGACCUGCGCAUCCCCCUGACGACGGGGCCGGACGCCGCGGCCGGCUCGGAAAUGGUGGUGCCCGACGCGCUGUGGAGGGACAGGCCGCUGCCCAACACGGUCGCGCCGUCGUUUGUCGCGUGCAACCUGUCGAGGCGAUACGAGGUGGAGCUGAGGCUCGGGGUCUGCUGGGGCGAGGAGGCGCCGUCGUCGUCGUCGCCAGGCUUCGUCGUCGGCGCAAGCUCGCAGACGAUCCACCUGCCGCUGCAUUUCGCCGCGGUCGAAGUGUUUUCGGGCAUCGCGCCGCCGCCUGAGCUGCUCCAGGCGGCCAGGGCCGGCACGCGCCCCAGCCCGGGACGGGCGACGCUGACGGUGCCGCCGCGCCUUCCGCCGCGGGCCAGCUCGGCGCCGGGGUCGCCCGCGCGCCCCGACAGCCAGGAGGGCCAGGUCCGACCGUCGGUGCCGCAGCGCCCGCCGCAGGACCCGCUGUAUCCGCCGCAGCUGCAGCCGGGCCAGACGGCGCCGCCGUACGACGACGCGCCGCCCAGCUACGACGAGGCCAUGGCGGAGAACCUGUCGGGGCCGUUUGACGGGCUGCAGUCGCGGCCGGCCUACAGCGGAGUGACCAACGAGAACGCGCCGAGCCAGAUGCCUGCCGAGAAGAGGUGA